AUGACCCAGAAGACCAACUCUAGUGCCCUUUUGACAACAAUGUUUUCAAAAAAUGCUUUCAAUGAGUACAAGAACGAUUUCAACAAUAUUAUAGUCGAAAGAGUACUUCUGCCAAAUGAAGUGCUUGAAGAAGGCAACGAGAAAUUCCUUAAAGAGUUCUCAUUUGAAAAAGAGCUGUCUAAGAUGAGAUGCGGAAUAGGUUGGCCGACUAUCAGUGAGUUAACUUCAUCGUAUGAGCCCUCUUCAAUAAGUAAAUUAGGAAGACUCCUUAUUGGGCAUUUAAGGUCGCAGGGCAUAAUUGAGCAGAGUACCCAAUUCAGCGAUAAAGCACACAAGGGGUCAUUGAAACCACAGCUAAAACCCAAGAGGUAUUACUGUGAUAUAGAUUUUUCUGUUACCCAUGGACAUGAAAAUUUUGCAAUAAAAUUGCUGGUGAUAUAUGAGCAGAAGGUAGAAAGAUACAACACUGGGAAUGGUGGUGCUUUUAUCUCAAACGAACAGUUAUUGGACUAUUUGAAAGCUAAGUUGGUGUUUAGCAAAAGCAACAUGGAAUUUGAUAGGAAAGUUCAUUCGAUGUUGAAAAUUGUAUCUGUAACAUGUCAUAUCAAUGGGCUCGAAUUAGAGCUCUGUGAGCUCUGUGAUGACGAUGAUGUCUCGCCGGAAUAA